AUGGCGGAAGCCAACUCGUCCAACCCCAACACCAGCACCAGCACCAGCAGCGACACCACUACCACGCCGGCCCAACAUGGCUGGAACGGCAGCGCCUUCCUCCCCAGCGACAGCUGGCUGAACCGGACGAAGAACUUCUACCGAAUGGCAACGAGCCAGAUGAGCGCGGCGGGCGCAGAGCAAUACUGGUGGGACAGUGACCAACGGACCAGCGGGUUCGACUGCGCACGGUGCGAGAAGAACCGGGACGAACUGCUGAAAACCUCCCCGAUCAUCGUCUACAUGCGCCACAACAUCGCACAGCUCGGCGGAAACCUCGGCGCACACAAUAUCCGGUGCAGAACGUGUCCGGAGAAGGCGGAGGGCGGGUUCGACCACGAGUACGGCAUUAGGAUCUGUGCGAAUUACGUGGGCACCAAGAAGAAACUCGAGGAUGUCAUGGCUCAUGAGAUGGUGCAUGCUUAUGACCAUCUCCGGUUUAAGACGAAUUUGGACCGCGAUUCCGAUUUGCGGCACUCGGCAUGCUCUGAGAUCCGAGCCAGCAAUUUGAGCGGAGAGUGUCGAUGGGCCAACGAAUUCUUCAAGAAUGGUUUCAUGAAAUUGACCAACCAUCAUCAAGAGUGUGUUCGACGUAGGGCUGUCCUCUCGGUCAUGGCCCGUCCCAAUUGUAAAGACGAUGUCGAGGCAGUCAAAGUGGUGAACGAGGUAUGGGACAGUUGUUUCACAGACACUCGACCAUUCGACGAGAUAUAUCGAUGA